AUUACGUAGGGACGUUUAGCAACGGUCAGUUGCUAAAAGAAAGCCAGCCGCUUCCGUGUUGUUCUGGUGUUAUUCUGGUUGAAAACAGUCGUUAGCGCGGUCAGAGCUGACCUGACAGCCUCUCUGCGGGGUUAUUAUCAUGGUUCUGUGAAGCUUGGAGACAUUUUCACCUCAUUUUUCCCGAAAUGUCGCUGCUGCAGAGCUCCAAGAAGAAAGACAAGCGCAUUCUGUGCGGGACCUGCCCGGACCCGAAAUGCCAGGCGCGGCUCUUCUUCCCCGCUCACGGCUCCAUCAGCAUCGAGUGCACGGAGUGCGGCCAGCGGCACGAGCAGAGCGGCCUGCUGAACGUGGAGGAGGUCACCGACCCGGACGUGGUGCUCCACAACCUGCUCAGAAACGCCCUGCUCGGCGUCACCGGGGCCCCGAAGAAGGGGACCGAGCUGGUGAAGGUGAUGGGGCUGUCCAACUACCACUGCAAGCUGCUGUCCCCGGUGCUGACCCGCUACGGCAUGGACAAACAGACCGGUAAAGCCAAACUGCUGAAAGACAUGAACCAGGGGGAGAUCUUUGACUGCUCCCUGCUGGGGGACCGUGCCUUCCUCAUAGAGCCGGACCAUGUCACCACCAUGGGGUACGGCAAAGACCGCUCCGGGAGCCUGAUCUACCUCCACGACACCCUGGAGGAGAUAAAGAAGGCCAAUGGCAGCAGAGAGUGUCUCAUCCCGGUGCACGUGGACGGAGAUGGACACUGCCUGGUCCAUGCUGUGUCCAGAGCCCUGGUGGGCAGGGAACUGUUCUGGCACGCACUGAGAGAAAACCUGAAGCAGAACUUCAAGCAGAACCUGGAUUGCUACAAAAACCUGUUCCAGGACUUUAUUGACGCCGCAGAGUGGGAGGACAUCAUCAAUGAGUGCGACCCCCUGUUCAUCCCCCCCGAAGGCGUCCCAUUGGGACUGCGUAACAUCCACAUAUUCGGGCUGGCCAACGUCCUCCACCGGCCCAUCGUCCUGCUGGACUCCAUGAGCGGGAUGAGGAGCUCUGGCGACUACUCUGCCACCUUCCUGCCCGGACUUGUCCCAGAGGAGCAGUGCAAGGGGAAGGACGGGAAGCCAAACAAACCCAUCUGCAUCGCCUGGAGCAGCUCCGGCAGGAACCACUACGUUCCUCUGGUGGGCGUCAAGAACACGGUUCUCCCCAAGCUGCCGCCCCGCCUGCUGCCGAAGGCCUGGGGCGUCCCGCAGGAGCUCAUCAGGAAGUACAUCAAGCUGGAGCCGGACGGGAGCUGCGUGAUCGGAGGUGACCGCAGCCUGCAGGAUAAGUAUCUGAUGCGGCUGGUGAACGCCAUGGAGGAGGUGUUCAUGGAGAAGCACAGCAUCCACCCGUCGCUGGUGGCCGACGUUCACCAGUACGUCUACCGGCGGACCGGCGUGAUCGGCGUCCAACCGGAGGAGGUGACGGAGGCUGCCAAGAAGUCCGUGAUGGAGAACCGUCUGCACCGCUGCCUGAUCUGCGGCGCCCUCUCUGAGCUACACAUCCCGUCCGAGUGGCUGGUACCGGGCGGGAAGCUCUACAACCUGGCCAAGUCCACGCACGGACAGCUGCGGCCCGACAAGAACUACAGCUUCCCCCUCAACAACGUGGUGUGCUCCUACGACCCCCACAGGGACUUCCUGGUCCCGGACUACAAACUGAGCUCCCUGAACACCUGCACCUGGUGCCACGGGACGUCGGUGCGGCACAUCCGCGGGAAUGGGUCGGUGGUGUACCUGGACGGGGACAGAACCAACAGCCGGUCACAGGGGGGGAAGUGUGGCUGCGGCUUCAAGCACUACUGGGACGGGAAGGAGUACGACAACUUGCCCGAAGCCUUCCCCAUCACCCUGGAGUGGGGGGGCAGGGUGGUCCGGGAGACCGUGUACUGGUUCCAGUAUGAGACGGACCCGACGCUGAACAGCAACGUGUACGACGUGGCCAUGAAGCUGGUCACCAAGCAUUUCCCUGGAGAGUUUGGCAGUGAGAUCCUGGUGCAGAAGGUGGUGAACACCAUCCUGCACCACACGGCCAAGAAGAACCCGGAUGAGUACAACCCGGUGUCCAUCGACGGGGCCCACGCCCAUCGCCUCGGCGACGGGACGGAGGUGCCGCCGCCGCCGGACCCCCAGCUGCCCACCAAGAUCAUUCUGACGGGUCAGAAAGCCAAGACACUCCACAAGGAGGAGCUGACGAUGAGCCGGGCGGAGCGCAGCCUCCAGCAGAGCAUCAGCGAGCAGGCCUUCGUCUCCCAGAAGAGACGCUCCGACAAGCUGAAGCACGACCCCAAAGGUCAGGGCCGGACCUCGUCCCCCAGCGGCUCCCCGGAAACCUCCUCCUCCUCAGCUCCCGCCACCCCCACCAAGACCUCCUCCCCCUCUUCCUCCUCCAACAAGGAGAAGAAGAUCCGGGUGACGACCAGCGACGGGCGCCAGGCCAUGCUCACCCUGCCGGCCCUCACCACCUUCGCUGAGCUGCGCCGGAGCAUCGCCAAGCAGUUCGACGUGCCGCCGCCGCAGCAGUGCAUCCGCUACGGCUUCCCCCCCAAAGAGCUGCUGCCGCCCCGGGACGGCGAGGAGAACGAGCCGGUGGCCCUGCAGCACGGCGACAGGGUGACGGUAGAGAUCCUGAGGGGCCCUGAGGACAGGGGCCCCGGGGCCCCCAUCACCAGGGCAACCAGCUCACACUCCGCCCUGCACUCGGCGAAGAGCGAAGACGCGGUGACCAGCGGCCGGACGAGCAGCCGGGAGAUCCAGGAGAGCAUCGACCUGGAGAUGUCCUCCCUCUGUCUCCUAGCAACCCUGAUGGGCGAGGACGUUUGGUCGUACGCCAAGAAGCUGCCACACUUGUUCCAGCAGGGCGGCGUCUUCUACAACAUCGUCAAGAAAGACAUGGGCCUCAUGGACGGGAAGCAUUGCACGCUGCCUCACCUGACGGGGAAAACCUUCGUCUACAACGCGGCGGAGGAGCGGCUGGAGCUCUGCGUGGACGCCGCGGGUCACUUCCCGGUCGGACCGGACGUGGAGGAGCUGGUGAGGGAGGCGGUGCUGCAGUUGCGCUCCGAGGCAGCCACUAGGGGCAGCAGAGAGGGUAGCCCGUCCCACGGCGUCCUGCGGCUGGGCAGCGGCGGCGUCGUCCGCAAGAAGGAGCAGCUGCAGAGCGUCACUGCCUUCCAGGGCAAAGGUCACUCCCUAGGGAGCGCCGGAGGCUCCUCCCCUCUGGAGCAGCGGCCAAUCACGCGGCAGCACAGCAGCGGCGUGGACCUGAGCGCCAGCGUGUCCAAAGGAGCGCCGGACCUGUCGGACAUUCCCGAGGACGCCACCAGAGAGCUGGUCCGCAUGGCGCCCGGCUUCGUGGCCAGCAGGGACGGCCGCGCUCCCGACCCGGGUCUGAUGGAGCAGCAGCGCCGCAAGCUGCAGGAGAUGGUGUCCUCCAUUCAGGCCUCCAUGGAGCGCCACCUGAAGGAGCAGCAGGGUGCUGCAGGUGCUGCGGGCGGGGCCAGCCAGGAGCGAACUGCUGGGACCAAACCCGGCACCGCGGCCGCCACGGGGGGCAAACCGGAGGAGCCAGAGGAGAUGGAGAGCCAGGACGCUGGGCAGGGCAACGCCAGCGAACCCAUGGACCACUCCUGAUGGCGCCGCCGCCGC